AUAAAAAAAAGAUUAAUAGAACCUCUGGGGGUUUACACUCAACAUAGAGGAGAACACAGAAAAGAAAGCGAAUAAAGUAUGAAAUUCGCAGUGAAAGCAUGGAGUAAUGGUGGGAGAGCGCGGACAGGAGUUCUCCAACUGAGCAACUGCCCAUUACCAAUAGAGACACCUUCUCUUCUUCUUACUACACGUAAAGGGCUACCCGUUUUCAUUGCUCCUGAUCUUCUUCUUUCUCUACCCUCACCUGAUUCUCAUCUUCUUCAUGUUAGUCCUAUGCACUUUUUUGAAGGCGCUUCACGUAAAACUAUAUCAAACAUUGGGGGAUUGCACGAGCUGGUAGGUCUGCAAAAUUAUGGGUUCUCUGCUUCUCCAAGGGAUUCUAUGGUAUGUCUUCCGGUUGCUGAGACGACUAACAAGUUUGGAGCUGCUUUUGAGACACCUUGUGGCCGCCUAUCCAUUAAACCUUCUGAAUAUGUAGAAAUGGUUUCAUCCUUGAAACCUAACGUAUGGGCCAGCCUGGCAGAUGAAGUGCCUGCUUAUGCAUCUGAGAGUAGGAAUAAGACUACGGUGGAUCGAACCAUACGUUGGCUUGACGAAUGCAUUUCCUUAGACCAGGCCCGUGGAACCUCAGUUUUGGGAGCUAUUGUUGGAGGAUCUAAUGUUGACGAGCGCAUUCGAUGUGCACAGGAAGUGGCAAAGCGAAAUGUGUCAGGGUUUUGGAUUGGAGGUUUUGGGCUCGGAGACAGCAUGGAUGAGCAGGGCCCUGCUCUCUUGAAUGCAGUUGUUGACAAUCUGCCAAAAGAAAAGCCGCGCCAGAUUUGUGGAUUGGGACUUCCAGAGGAGAUUUUACAGGGUGUUGCGUCCGGAAUUGAUCUUUUCGAUUCGACGUAUAUUUACCAACUCACACUUGGAGGCUUUGCUCUAACCUUUCCGCUCGAGAGAAGUGAAAGACAGUUUUCUGAUUCAUAUAUGAUUGAUAGCUCUGGUAGUGACUACACAAAGAUAAACCUGAGAGCUACAAUUUAUAGGAAAGAUGCAUCACCUAUCGUUGAUGGCUGCGAUUGCUAUACAUGCAAGAAUCACACAAGAGCAUAUAUAAAUCACCUGAUCAAUGUUCACGAAAUGCUGGCACAGAUUCUACUAGAGAUACACAAUACACACUACUACCUCCGUUUCUUCCAGAAAAUAAGGGAUGCUAUCAGGGAAGGGGAAUUUGACCUGUUCUGUCAAGAAUUUAUCCAUGGCAGGCGAGAUCAUAUAGCUAUGGCUGCAAUGUGUUAGUGAAUACUCAAUUUCGGUAUGAAGACCAAAGCUCGAGUGGCCAACUUUUUCUGCACAUUCGAGGGUACAAUGCUUAAUAUAUCAACCAUAUAUAACAAGCCAAAGCUAGGUUUUGCUGAAAAUACUGAAAAUUGAAUUUUUUUUUAUUUCCCCCCCAUUUUGAGCUGUUUUUGUAUAGUGCGACAGUCUGACCGGUUUCCUCGAUACACAUCCCUGGCUAUAUUGAUACUCCUACUCCUUUUUUGUGUUUUGUUUUGUUACUCUUACUCCUUUCAUCAAGUGGUUUGUGCUCUUUUGAGUUAUUAGCUGAUCUUUUUAUGUCGGCAAUACCUUAAUGUCAGAGGCAUUUAGAUGAUGUGAACAUGUACCACCUACAAUGGAUCAAUAGAUAUGGUAA